AGUCUACUGGACAGACACGGAUCUGGACACAAUCUCUCCCGCGCGUUUCUGAACGGAUCCAAUCUGGAAACCAUAGUCUCAGCUCGACUCGAGACACCUUAUGGACUUGCUGUCGACUCAUUUGGUCAAAACAUAUACUGGACGGACAGCAGUGAACGACUGAUUGAGGUUGCAUCCUUGAAUGGACUAUAUCGAAGCGUCCUUGUUAGAGAAAACUUGCAAAGUCCAAAAGAUAUUGUCCUGGACGUUACGAGAGGAUUUAUGUAUUGGACUGACUGGAUCUCUUGGAACUACAAUUCGAAAAUAGAAAAAGCGGACAUGGAUGGUGGCAACAGAACAGUGGUUGUUCAAUUCGGAACUGAACGAAUCGAACGGGCAAGUCUAGCUGGUGUAAAUCGAACUACACUAGUUGAUCUGAGCAGUUCUUCGCAGUACUGGCCAAAUGCGGUCUUCGAGGACUAUACUGAAGAUCGCGUCUACUGGAUUGACUCCUACGAUGAUGUGAUUGAUUCCACUGACUUAAAUGGGCAGAAUAGGCAAUUGCUCUCUGGGGACAUUCACCCUUCACAAAACAUGAAUCCCUUUGACUUCACAGUCUAUAGCGACACGCUUUACUGGAGCGACUGGAAUACUGACGGUAUUGAGAGGCUCAAUUGGACUUCAGCAGAUUACAUAGGAGGACUUGUCAGUUUGAAAUCCAACCAGCCUUUUGGCAUCGCCUUAAUUGACCAGUCACGACUACCAUCUUACGCAGGAAACCAGCAAUGCAAAGUAAACAAUGGAGGCUGCAGUCACUUAUGUCUUUUGACGCCUGAUGGAUUUUCGUGUGCCUGUCCGGAUGGUUUGCUAUUGUUAUCGGAUGGAAAAAACUGUCAAACAGAUCUCUCAAAAUUUCUUCUCUUUGCCGAGGGACGCAGCCUGAAGCAGCUGCCAUUGAAUUAUAGCACAACUCCUUUUAGAAUUCCUAUUAAUAAGGAAAAUAUCUCAAGUCCCACAGCCCUGGACUACAACUUUAUUGACCGAAAAGUCUACUGGACAGACACGGAUCUGGACACAAUCUCUCCCGCGCGUUUCUGAACGGAUCCAAUCUGG